UUCUGAUUUUCUCUUCUUAUGUUUGACUUUUUAGAUAUCCCCCCUUUCAUCAUGGGAUAUAGUAGAUUUUAGCUAAAUAUAAGCACAACAUAUAAGGGUGGGAAAAACUGGAUGCCCAAGAAAGCAAAAAAAUAAAAGAAAUAAGGGAAAGAAAAAGUUGAAGCACAUUGACUCGAGGAAAUUAAGGUGGAUAAUUUUCUCUUUCAUCUCUUUCUCAAAAAUAAUGUAGAGAAUUAGAAAACAACCAGGAAUAACAUGAGGCCAAAUUUGAGUUUAGAUCAUUAUGCAUGCAUUUGCAUGCAUGAGAUUAAUUAACAGAGAAAGAAAAGGAGGUGAAAAGGAAAAAAAAAAAAAAAAAAAAAAGAUAGACAAAAGUACAGAAAGGAGGAAGGAUUUGCAAUGUGGGGAUCGAAAGUGAAUGCAGGAAAGAAAGCAGAGGACCGCGGGCUGGUGGCUGUGGCAAUAGACAAGGAUAAAGGCAGCCAAUAUGCCAUCAGAUGGGCCACUGACCACCUUCUUGGUCGAGGUCGGCCGGUUGUCCUGAUACACGUUUCCUCUGACUCUUCUCGUGCAGCGGGCAGUUCUGCCAUUGUAUCAACAUCAAGUCCAGGCACAUCACCAAACUAUCAACAAGUUGACAGGAAGACUAAGGACCUGUUCCUCACAUUUCGCUGCUUUUGUACUCGCAAGGAUAUACGCUGCAUAGAUGUCACGCUCAAAGAUAACGAUGUAGGCAGGGCUCUAAUAGAAUACGCAAAUUAUGCUGCCAUUGAGAAUUUGGUCCUUGGUGCUUCAAAAGGUGGAUUCAUCAGAAAAUUCAAGAGUGCAGAUAUACCAAGUAUGGUGGCAAGAGGAGCACCUGAUUUCUGCACUGUUUAUGUAAUCUCCAAGGCAAAGAUGUCAAGUGUACGCAAUGCAUCACGACCAGUUCCACACAUGUCCCCUCUUCAGAGCUACAUAGAAAACAUAGUCAAAGACAAACCAAAUGUCUCCACACCUGUUUCAACACCGCCACGACGUAGUAUGAGCAUUAGAGAAUACCUGAAUUCUGUGCAAGCAGGGGAUAGGCCUUCAUUCACACCUCCAAGAGAAGAAAAAGACUUGAGGUUAGACAGAUGGAAUGAAAGGCUGAUGUUGAGUGAAUUUCCAGAAAGUGAAACAGAUAUAUCCUUCGUGAGCUCUGACAGAACAAGUGUGGACCGCCUUUCUAUGCAAUAUGACUACAUGGAUAUAACACGUACACCAAGAUUUUCUUCUACUUUAGAUUACAGUUAUGGGUCUUCUAGGGGCGGACAAAGGAUGAAUGAUACUAACCUAAGGCGUGAAAUUUCAUACUCAUCGCAAGACAGUGGAUGGACUUCAGUUUCUUCACAGCAUAGUGAAGAUACGGAUGCUGAGAUGAGGAGGUUAAAGCUUGAGCUGAAGCAAACCAUGCACAUGUAUGGUGAAGCCUGCAAAGAAGCAGUUUUUGCAAAAGAGAGAGAAAGACAACAAGCAAUGGAGCUCCACCGAUGGAGGCUAGAAGAAGACAAAAAAUUGCAAGAAGCAGGAACUCCUGAGGAAGUUGCAAUGGUGCUUGCUGAGAGAAAAAGAUCAGAAAGGGAAGCAGCACUGCAGGAAGAAAGAAAACUAACUGCAGGAAACACAGAAUACAGACCAACUCAUAGUGCCUUAAGUUACAAGAGGUACACCAUUGAAGAAAUUGAAACAGCGACGGAUAAAUUCUCUGCAUCUCUCAAGGUUGGAGAAGGAGGCUAUGGACCUGUAUUUAAGUGUUAUCUUGAUCAUACAAGAGUUGCAGUGAAAGUUCUACGUCCAGAUGCCGCUCAAGGAAGAACGCAGUUCCAGCAAGAGGUUGAAGUACUGAGCUGCAUCAGGCAUCCCAAUAUGGUUCUUCUACUAGGAGCAUGCCCAGAAUAUGGUUGCAUUGUUUAUGAAUACAUGGCCAACGGUAGUUUAGAUGACCGUCUGUUUCGUCGAGGGAAAACCCAACCCCUUACUUGGCAAGUUAGGUUCCGAAUUGCAGCAGACAUUGCAACAGGACUGAAUUUCCUCCAUCAGACAAAGCCAGAACCGCUAGUUCAUCGUGACCUAAAACCAGGGAAUAUACUUCUGGAUAAGUAUUAUGUUGCUAAGAUUGGAGAUGUUGGAUUGGCAAGGCUGGUGCCCCCGUCCGUUGCUGAUCACAUAACACAAUAUUGCAAGACAUCAGCUGCCGGGACUUUCUGCUACAUCGAUCCAGAGUAUCAGCAAAGUGGAAUGCUUGGCGUUAAAUCAGACGUCUAUUCACUAGGGAUUGUGCUUCUCCAACUGCUAACUGCUAAGCCACCCAUGGGUUUGGCUCACCAAGUGGAACAUUACAUUGAGAAGGGAACAUUUGCUGAUAUACUGGAUCAGUCGGUACCUGAUUGGCCGGUGGAGGAAGCCUUAAGUCUGGCAAAGGUAGCUAUACAAUGUGCUGAGUUGAGGAGGAAAGACAGACCAGAUCUUGAGAAAGUUGUAUUGCCAGAGUUAGAGAGGUUGAGAGACUUUGCUGACGAAAGAGCACAUCAAUUCAUGUUCGUUGCCACACCAGAACCUUCCCCUAUCCACAGCCAGACAUCCAUGUCACAGAGCGAUGCCUCUAAUUCAAUUCCGAGCAGCACAAAGGCCCCCUCAUCCACAACAUCAUCAAGAGCAAAUGCAGAUGAAACAGAAUAAAGAAAAGAGAUGACUUACAAGUUUUUGACAACAUGUUGAGCUACCCCCAAUCAGUUUAGCCAACUUAUCUUAUACAACAAGUCAAAACUGUCAAUUGCUGAAGCCUGUUAAUAAGCGUGACAAAAGAGCUGAUGUUUAGCAUGUGCUAUAGUUACAUGGAUACAUAGAUUUAGAAGAAAAAAAAAAGGGAGGGGGGGAUACAUGAAGGAAUGGAUCUCAAGCAUGGAAAUUUGGCCAUUCUAUAAUGGAUUUUGAAGCUACCAUUCCGAGAAAGCCUGUUCCAAAUACCAUGGUAAUGAUUUCAUAUUUCUUGUGGUGUCGACUGAUACAUGACAGUAACUCACCAUGUUAGAACAUAUAUUCCCGUGAUGUAUGUUCUUUUGUCAAAAAUAUUUUUAUAACUAAAUUGUACAGUUCAUCAAACAAGCUGUUUUACACAAUUAUUCUUAGAUUUCUUACAUUAGAUUAAGAAAAAUAAACACACACACACAAAUAUAUUGGUAUAGGUUAUUUAUAUCCUGGUUGGUAAAGGAAUGUUUCUAAAACUAAAAAAUUGUAAAUGAAGCUAAAACCCAUUGAUGUAACUAUCUUGAAAAAAUUCACGCCACGUUGACGGUGAUCCCGUUCAAUUCAUCUGCCAUAAGCCGCUUCUGCGACAACCCGAUCAUUACUGCGAUUAUUUUUCCAUGGUAUCAAGCCGUUAGAGGUAAAGACUUGCUUUGAAGUGAUUGCAGCUUUAAAAAAUAAUGAAAGGUUCAAUACAUAAUUUGAUAUUACUACUAAUGCAAGAACAAAGCAACCAUGGUUGCUCAAUCGAGACUUAGGGGACACCUUCAGUUCCAAGGGUCUCGGCCCGGGUUUGAUACCUACCCCUUCCCCAGUUGCUAUAGUGCAGGAUUGUAAGCUAUAAUUGAUAGAAUUUGGGCAUACGCGGAAGUUUAAUGGACCCAAAUAUCAUAUAACAAUUUUAUGAUUUCAUAAACUUCAUCAUAAAUUGUACAAACAUGUUUGUGAGAGAUCACGUCUGUCACUCUCUUGAUAGAACCCUUAAUUUCUAUCAACCAUUGGUGGAGCUCAUGAUUAGCUCACUUCUUACUCAAGCACACAUAACAUAUUUAUAGUGGUGUUUUCCACUUUCUAGAUUUUUCUACACUUAUCUCAUAUUACAUGUAUCUAGAUUUUUCUACAU